AUGGAUUUUCGUCGUCCUGAUUUAAACUUUGUAUCGCAUGGGUAUGAGCUGAUUGCGUAUUAUGGAGGAGGUAUGUAUGGUCGUGCGUAUUUGGUGAAGAAGAUCGAUACGGAAGAGAUUCGGAUAGCGAAGACGGUGGAUCUGACGGAGAUGUUGCGUGCGAGUCGUGAUGCAGCGAUUCAGGAGGCUCACUUGCUGUUGGGUUUCACCCAUCCGCAUAUAGUGCCGUGUUAUGAGGCGUAUGUGCAAGAUGACAGUUACUUGGUGAUGAUAAUGGAGUAUUGUCAGGGGGGUGACCUGUCUCGUUGUUUAUCGGCAAUGAGGAAAGCGAACAGGCACUUUAGUGAGGAGGAGAUCAAGACCAUGUUGGUCCAGUUGCUCAGCGCUCUGUCAUUCAUCCAUGAGAACCGGAUCCUGCAUCGUGACUUGAAGCCGAGCAAUAUUCUGAUCAGCAAAACGGGCGACUUGAAAGUAGCCGACUUUGGAGUCGCCCGAAUCCUGACAGGGCUCACAUGUGCCGCUCUAACCAGCACCGGCACGCCUAACUACAUGGCGCCGGAGAUGUGCAAACGAAAACCCUACUCCUUCUACAGCGACAUGUGGAGCCUCGGCUGCGUACUUUACGAAAUCAUGACACUUACCACCGCCUUCCAGGGCGAAAGCCUGAUAGCACUCGCCUGGUCUGUCUGCUUCGAAAACCCCUCACCCAUCCGUGGCCGCUACUCCCGUGCUCUAGAACGCAUCCUGAUGAUGCUUCUCUCCAAAGAACCCGACCGACGUCUGCUCCCGGACGCGCUGUUGCAUCACGAAUAUUUCAACUCCUCCAUCAUACCCCCACCCUCCCCCGAUGAGUCUGCUGACUCACCCAAAACCGAUGUACAAGGCAGCGAGACCCAUGUAAGCUGCUCCCCCACUGCGUUGGCAGACUGUAAAGAAGACGAUCGCCAGUCAGUCUCCACACAGGCCGCCGAGCCCGCAGACGAACACGAAGAGCUUGACGACGAUACGCCCGCGCAGGCACCGGACCCUUGCAUGGUUCUGGCCAAAGUGCUCUUCAGCUCAUGGAUGCGCCAACUCCCUAUCGUCUUGCUAUACCUCAGCGUCAAUCCUCGCUGGCCGGAGCUCUGUCAGGAAUACGUUGACAAGGCCACACUCCUGCGUCUGGGCUUCAGUCCGGACCUAGCCGACAAGUAUUUCGAAAUGGCCCAGGGCUCGGGGCCGGGCCCGGGCCAGGACCCAGGUCGGGGGCGGCUGGGCUCGAGCCGAGGAGUAUCGGGUUUGGGGAGUGCGGUAAGAGACAGUGACGUUGCCGAGUUGGGCGAGCGGAAGCCCUCUGGGAUACGGUCUCGGCGCAUGAGUGUGACUACAGUAGCGUCUGUGACCAUUCCGGGGGAGACGUCGCGGGGGGAGCAGUUGCUGAAUGCGAUGAUGGACGAGGAGUUGGCGGAGGCUGCGCUCUUCAAGGCGGCCAGUGAAGAGCUAGGAAUCCCGUGCUCCCGUUGUGAAAUCCGAGCGACGGCGGCCUACAUCUUGAGGCAAUCAAGCAACGACCACAUGUGUGCGCGGGCGUUGUUGGGCUCGGUCUUGACUCAGUGGGUACCUUGUUCGCACAGCUUCGUCGACUUUCUAGAGCACUUGCCGCUGGAUAAAACGGAAUUGGUGGUCCGGCUGCGAUGGGCGGCGAAUGAGGUGCGCAAAGAGGGCCGCGAGAUGACGGCAGAGGGAACUUUAAAGGCCAUCGCCACGCUGGCUGGUGACCCGAGCGACAUCGACCGCAGCCAUUUUCUACAGGUCAUGAGCAUCCGAUUCGUCGCCUACGCAGACGCCUCCACCUGCGCAAAGGAAAUGUACACUAUCGCCAACAAGAACCUCAACGGCUCCGUCAAUUGGCAGAGCUCCGUCGCCUUCCUGCUCGAGUUCGCCGGUUUCGACGGUGACCCCGACAAAAAUCAAGAAUCCGACAUUAACAAAUCUCUCAGCUGCACACCCGUACGCAUUGAAAGCGCAAAGGACGCUCUUUUGGAGGAGUCGCUCAUCCAAUACGUCGAAGACAUAGACCCCGGAAUCGCAAUCAGGAGAAACGGCUUCAGACGCAGCUCCGUGCGAGAUGCAUCGCGCGAAACCGAGGCGCUCAGGACCGACUCACUCAGGACCGACUCAUUCAGGACCGACUCAUUCCGAGCUCCGGUGCUCGACUCUGUAAACGAAUCCACGCCAGUCGAUGCACAUGAAUCCUUCCGGCCUGUGGACUCCCGCAUAGACCCCCGCAUAGACUCCCGUGUAGACUCCCUCAGAAGGGAGCCGCCUACCGCACCUAGCGCGGAGGGCAGACCCCCCCUCGAUCCGCUAGAACGGGGUGAGACGCUGGAACGAGGGGGAGACAGCUUUGGUUCCCAGAAGCUCGAGUCUGUCUGCCGGGUUGUAGAUUCCCUGCCCCGCGAGCUGGUGGGGCGGGAUUCGAUUGCCCCGAGGGACUCACUGGCUGGGAGAGGGGCCUCCUCUGGACGGUACAGAAGUGUGGACGGGCUGGACGGUCUUCGUGCCGACGGCGGCCGGCCUGAUGACUCCUGUCGGGACUCUACACGCAUCGGACACGAUUUAGCGAGAGACGAUUUAGCGAGAGGCGAGCCAGCAUACCGAAGGGAUGCUACUUUCAGAGGCGAGACGUCUACUAGAGGGGACCCUUCUCUACGAGGAGAUGGGUCGUUUAAGGCGGACGCUUCCUUGAGAGGAGAAGGCUUUGUCAGCGGCAGUGGGCACACAAGAGCUGAGGCCCUGGCUCUGGCCGCGAGUAACCACCGCGACUCGGGUCUGAGAGACGUGGCGCUGAGGGACGCGGCGCUAAGGGACGCGGCGCUGAGGGACUCGGGCUUGCGGGAUUCGGGCUUGCGGGAUUCGGGCGUCAGGGACCUGGCCUUGCGGCCGUCUGGAUCGUUGCGGGAUUCGGCGGAGCAACCGCCCCGGUUGCAGAGGGACUCCGGUUCCUACACGGAAACGAACCCUUCGACGGCACUGACGCGGGAGGUGUUGGUUCUAAAUCGGGAGGCGACAGAACCAAGUGCGGUGCGGAAUUCACGUGGAAGCGGUGAGAGUGGAGUGCUAUUAUCCGAGGAUGUCCGCGGUUACGAUACGGGAGACCUGAAUGGUCUCCGGACGGGCCGGUUUGCUACUGAGUAUACACGUAGGAUACACACUUCGGAUUCGCUCCUGAACAGAUCGCCAAUGACCCAUCAACCGCACCCCUUCAUCCAAUCCGCCUGUGACGACCUGGAUUACCACCACCGAGCGGACCGCGACAAAGACCGUUGUGACCGACGAGGCGGAGACUAUGCUCGACCGGGAGACUAUUAUAGAACGGGAGAUUAUUCUCGACCGGCGGAUUACCAUCACGACGACUACCCUCGACCUGCUGGGGAUUAUCUUCGCGAAGACUACUACCGCGAAGACUACUACCGCGCGGAGGAUCUUGCCUCCAACGACGGAGGCUUUACAGACCCGCGAUUCCACCCCGAUGAUGACCCGGUCUGCGUACGCCCACGGAACACAGCCGAGCUUAGAACCGACAGGAAUGGCGAGAACCUGGGGGACGUGGGUCGUAGUGGGGUCUUGGUGGCUGGCAAGAUCUCCGGAAGAAGACGAGCGUCUGUGUUUCGGAGAGCUGCCGCAGCAGGAGAACCUUCCGACUUACGCUUCGACGAUUCGGGUCCUUGGAGAAUUGAACCGGGUAGGAAAUCGGACGAGA